AUGUCUCCUCCGACGAAUGUGGGAAAAUCAUCGGAAUUAUUCACAAAUAACUUUGACGAAUUAGAUAACGCAUUUUUCGACGAAUUUAUUACAUUCAGUCCGUCCAAUGACGCUGAUGAUGACCUUCCCCAGCCUAAAUCUUCAGAAGACUCAUCAGAUAGCAAAGAUCAAGAUUCAGAGACACUACUAGGAUCUUUACACGAUGCUGAUGCCCUGGAAAUUGAAGCCAAUUGGCAAGGCGAUCCAUGGGUUUUCGCCCAAGAUUCAGCCUCACCAGACGGCACACAAGAUAAUCUUUUCUAUGCAGAACUAUCUGGCAGAGCCGCAAUAUCUGACUCCGAUCUUCUCAGCCUUGAAGAUAUUUCUUUGCAACCACCUCAAAUAGAAGCAUGGUCUCACCCAUCUCUUCCAACAACACCAGCACCUGCUGCUUCAACAAGAAAGAAGAGCCGUGUUGAAGCACUUGCCAACACUUUGAAGAAAGCGAGCAUAAAAUUGGAAAAAUCUCUCAGAAGUCCCAUUCGAAAGUCGCAUACCAGCUCUACAAACGUGCCACGAGGCUCAACUAGUCUUGGAAAAAUGAGCCGGGAAACGAUGAGACGAAAAUUGGCUUUGGAUUCUUCCAAAUUUGGUUCCAAUCCUCAACAUCAAUCACCAAUGUCACCUCCACAAUCAGCUAGAAUGUCCAAUGCAUCUGAACACACUUCAUCGUUGAAGAAAAUUCAAAAGACAGUUGUUUCUGAAGAUUCAUGGACUGGCAUGCCACAAGACUUACAAUUCCCAUCCAUACCCACAGAUUACAACACACCACUAUCGACACCCAACCUAGACAACAAACAUACACCAGAAAUGAGAUAUCAUCAAUCAUCGUCAAAUGGAUCAAUGUAUCCUAUAACUCCCAAAUCUCAACAAGUGUCAGCCUCAUGGUCACACGUACCAGGGUCAAAUUUCAGCUCAAUUGGAGCCUCAUCUGGAUACCCCGUUGAAGUAGAGGCUGACGGAAAUUCUCUCUGGUGGAACCACGCAUCGAUAACACCAAUGGCACAACCUUCACCGAAUACGCUUCACCGAAAUUCUCAAAGGGCAACCAAAAACCUUGCUUUCCAUUUACAAAAUGAGCUUUCCUAUAAUAGCAACGAAAUGAACAUGGCGCAAGGAUUAAUGAUUUCCAUGCCAGAAAGUAUGCCCCAACAGUCAUUCGUCGUAGAAUCUUCCCCUAUGCUUCAGCAAGGAUACUUCAACACUAGUGCUAAUGGAGGGGGACCCCAACCUCAUACACCAUAUCACACUCAUAAUGGAGCAUCUCGAACACACUCGCAUUCACACUAUUCUCAUCACUCCCCUUCAUCGCGCAAGUCGCAUCAGCAUUCCCAUUCCCACCAUUACCCCAAUCCGCGACCCCGCAAAACUCGCACUGGAUCCAGUGGUUCCGAAUCGCCCUCUCCUAAAUCCUCACCUACGUUCCACAUGCGAAAGCAACGGAAAUCAAAGAAUAGAAAUACAUCUCCGCGAACGCCUACUUCGGGACGCGGCAUGGUGGAUUUUGUCAAUUAUACCCCAGAUGAUAGUCGCAAAAUAUUGACUGGAGUAGCACCCAGUGGAUCGAGUAAGACAAAAGCGAGACGAGAGAAAGAAGCGAUGGAGAAGAGAAGAAAAUUGUCGCAGGCGGCGCUGAAAGCUAUCAGGGCAGCAGGAGGAGAUGUAGGAAGCUUGGUCGAAGAGGGAUUGUUUGUUUAA